AUGGGUUCAUCACAUCCAGACGCGGACAUCUAUCCAGAGGCCACAGGUCCUGCGGCUCGCAUUGUCGCCAAGCACCAGAAGGAUGAGCCGAUCACGCUAUAUUCGGGCUGGUUUUGCCCAUUUGUGCAAAGGGUCUGGAUCACUCUCGAGGAAAAGAAGAUUCCAUACAAAUAUGUCGAAAUAAAUCCUUACCGCAAGGAGCCAAGCUUCCUCAAACUCAACCCUCGCGGCCUCGUCCCAACUCUCGGUUGUGCUAGUGGGAAGGAUGGAUCUCAGAAGCCUCUGAUCGAAUCCAAUAUCAUUUCGGAAUACUUGGACGAGACAUACCCAGACCAGACACCACUCUUCCCCAGAGACCCCUAUGAGAAAGCCGUUAUGAAGGUGUGGGUCGAUUAUGUUACAACACGAAUCCUCCCUGCUUAUCACAGGUUCUUGCAACAUACUGAAAGGAGCCCGUACAGCCUCGAGAAAGCACGGUCAGAAUUCUUAGGUACCCUGAGAACCUGGAUUGCACAGGCGGAUCCAGACGGCCCGUAUUUCCUGGGGAAGGACUUUAGCUUUGCGGACGUAUCGUUGGCUCCUUGGGCCUUGAGGAUGUGGGUUUUGGACCACUUCAAAGGCGGACUCGGAAUUCCUCCCCCCGGCCAGGGAGGGGAGGAUGAGCAGGUGUGGAAUCGAUGGCGUAAAUGGACUGAAGCCAUCCAGUCGAGAAAAUCUGUGACCGAGACAAUGAGUGACCGGGAACAUUACUUGCCAAUCUAUCGUCGGUACGCAGAGGACAGGGCUCAAAGUGAAAUGGCCAAAGCAAUAAGAGAGGGAAGAGGCGUGCCAUGA